AUGUCCUCUCUCUCGGAUAAGCCCGUUGCGGCCACGAAGACCGAGUCGGCGUUCGAGAAGACGGCGCCACCUAAAGAUACCAACGAUGUGGAGCCAAAGUCGGCAACAGAGUCUCUGUUUGGUCCUUCGGCAGAAGAGGAACCGGCGCCGCAGACGGAAAUCCCGGCGAAAACCUCGACAGCUGAAGCGGAUCCUGUCACAGAUUUUGUCUACGAGCCAUCGCCUGAAGAACCCAUACCUGUGACAGAUUCUGUGUUCGUAAGCCAAGUGGAACCUGAAGUGCCACAGAAAUCAACAGGGUCAACGGUAGAAAUAGCUCCUGAGGACUUUAAUCCACAAACAGAAAUCCUUUUCGAAACCGCGUCUCCUGAUCCUGUAAAAGAACGAGAGGAACAGACAGAUCUCACAUCACAUGCACUUCCCAUUACAGAGAUACCAUUUGAGUAUCAAUCUAUGGACGAACUAUCUCAGGACUUCACGCUGGAGAAUGAAACUGACUCUGUGCAUGAACAUCCGAGGACCUCCGAUGCUGUACUAGAGACAGAACUCCCAACAACGCCUUUAUUAGAUACUGAGUUGUCAUUUGAUAGUCACGAAAAUAUUAUUCCAAGACAGAAAUUCCACAUAAAUCCCCAAGUUGAAUAUGUUACGAAUCUCUCACCUCUGGAGUCUAUAGUAACUGACAACACUCAUGAUGGUGUUACAGUUGAGACAGAGACCCAGCUCGGAAAUGCUAAUGAGACCAAAGACACACCGGAGGAACUCGGUCACUCUCUGGACAUUGCAGGAAGAGAACAUAUCCUGCCCCAAAACACAAUAGUUAAAAGUGUCGACUCGGAGGACGUCCUUCUGGCAGAGAGUCAACAAAAUGUUAUCCACAAAUACCUGUGGCCACAGAAGAAGUCAACAUUGCUUUGCUAG